AUGGCCACCGCCACCAGGGCCACCCUCGCCACCGUCGCCACUAUCGCCACCGCUAACAGGGCCACGCACUAUCGCCACUACCACCCUGGCUACGCAAGGAUGACUCGCGUACCUGCCUUCUCUUACAACCAACCCCAGCAUUCUGUGGAGCCCGUGCUCCCUUACAGACAGACGACCCUAACAGUCGAGUGGUUUGUAAUAGUCCUUCUCGGCCUGCCGGUUGAGCGUGAGGUCCUCCUCGACCUGCGGCUUGAACAUGGAGUCUUCUUCGACCUGUGUGGGAUCUGCCGAUUCAACCACUUGAAAGAAUAG